AUGCUGGCGCCGGCCGGCAGAGAGGCGGCGGCGCGGGCGGAAGUGGCGCAGGCGGGCGCGGAGGCGGAGCGGGACGAGCGGGGAGUGGCGCUGGCGCAGGUGCGGGUCGCGGCAGCCGGCUGGGCGGCAGCAACAGCGCGGGGAAGCAAUGGCAGCGGCAGCGGUGCUAGUCGGCAGGGGUCGGGGCAACAGCAGGGCCGCGGACGUGGCGCAAGCGGAGCGGGUGGAGCGGGCGGCAUGAGCGGAGGUGGCGGGCGGCACGGAGCGGCUGGACGCAUAGGCGUAGGCACGGGGAAGGGGCCUGGCGCGGGGAUGAGGGGGAGCGGUGGGUGA